AGACUCUUGCAAUAUGAAUUUUUAAUUCUUUUUCUUCAUUCUCCACAAUUCAGCGCUCUCUCUGACCCAAACAAUAAUUUAAGCUCUCUCUUAUUCUCUCUCCUCCACAGCUGGCUCCGGGGGGAAACUCAUCUCCCAUGCUGGUACAAUUGGCGUCGGAAAUUCAUCGUUAUCCUGAUUUCCCUGGAACAAUUUUCUAAUUUGUCCUAUAACAAUCCCUCAAUUGGCGUCGCAAUGAAUAAUCGUACGGAGCUUGGUAGACCUACCUCAGGUAAAAGAAGGCUUAAGGAUUUGUUGCUUAAAAAGGAUAACCGCUUUUGUGCUGACUGCGGUGCACCAGAUCCUAAAUGGGCAUCAGCAAAUAUCGGAGUUUUUAUAUGCUUAAAAUGUUGUGGUGUGCAUAGAAGCCUUGGAACUCAUAUCUCGAAGGUUUUAUCAGUCACAUUAGAUGAGUGGUCUGAUGAAGACAUUGAUGCGAUGGUUGAGGUUGGAGGAAAUGCUGCAGCUAAUGCAAUAUAUGAGGCUUUUAUUCCCGAUGGAUCCUCAAAGCCUGGACCUGAUGCAAGUCACGAUGAUCGUAUGCGAUUUAUCAGAUCUAAGUAUGAGCUUCAAGAAUUCCUGAAACCGAGCUUGCGGAUUGUGUCAAUGCCUGCUGCAAAGAACUCGCUUCAACCAAGCUUGUCUAAGAAGCUAAUGAAUAGUUUUCGAGGUUCACAUUCAUCAAAGAGAUCCGAAAGCUCUGAAGGAAUGGUUGAAUUUAUUGGAGUAUUGAAGGUCAAAGUAGUGAAAGGGACAACUUUAGCUGUUAGAGACAUGUUAUCAAGUGAUCCUUAUGUUGUCCUGAAUCUUGGGCAUCAGAAUAUACAAACAUCUGUUGUAAAGAGCAACCUAAACCCUAUUUGGAAUGAGGAACUUAUGCUUUCUGUACCUCAACGAUAUGGACCUGUAAAGUUGAAAGUGUUUGAUCAUGACACAUUCUCAGCUGAUGACAUCAUGGGUGAAGCAGAGAUUGAUAUCCAGCCAUUGAUAACCUCAGCGAUGGCCUAUGGGGAUCCAGGAAUGUUUGGUAAUAUGCAAAUUGGGAAAUGGUUGAAAUCACAUGAUAAUGCCCUUGUAGAAGAUAGCAUAAUCAACAUUGUCGAUGGAAAAGUCAAACAAGAGAUGCAAUUGAAGCUCCAGAAUGUCGAAUCUGGAGAGCUUGAAUUAGAAGUGGAGUGGAUGCCUCUUGAGCAAUAGUUAGCGAUAAAUAAGAAGAAAUGGAAAGAGAAUAAGGAAUCUAGUAUUGAAAGAGUACCGGUGUGGGAUCCUAAAUAUCUUCUUCUAUCCUGUGUAUUAUUUUUGAAUUGGUUUUGAUUUGUUCCAUUAUACGACCAACUCUUAUUGCAAGUCUUGGUUUAAAAUUAAGACUUGAUUAUAGGUACUUCCAUUAAGUUUAAGGAAGAGAUUUUUUUUUUGUGGUU